AGGACUGCUGGGUUCGGUCUGCGCUCUGAACACAUGCAUCAUGGAGCUAUACGUUUAGUCUGCUCGAGGACUUUGCCCGUGUAAUCUGACUGCUUCAGAUGUGUUACUGUGAGGAGAGACUAUGUGUUCUUCGGGAUGGGUGCGAACAAUGGCAAACAGUGUGGAAGUGAAGGCAAGGGUAGCUCCAGUAUCUCCUCCGAUGUGAGCUCCAGCACUGAUCAUACGCCCACCAAAGCUCCCAAGAAUGUGGCUACCAGUGAAGAUUCGGACUUGAGCAUGAGGACGCUUAGCACUCCCAGUCCCGCCCUCAUUCUGAAGUCAAACCCUUCCUGUGUCUCCCCUCAAACAGUCCCAAACGGCCAUGAAACGUCUUCCACAUCUUUUAACGUCACUGGGGAAACAGUUGCCCUGGUUCACCCGCCUCCAGGCACUCGCUCACGGCCUUCCAAAGUUCCUCCCACCACCCUCAUUGAUAUCCUGCCCGAUCCUGUUUUACUACACGUCCUGUCUUACCUGUCCACCCCUCAGCUGUGCCGCUGCGCUCGAGUGUGUCACCGCUGGUAUAACCUGGCCUGGGACCCGCGGCUCUGGAGUACCAUUCGUCUGAAUGGAGAGCUGCUGAACGCUGACCGAGCCCUCAAAGUGCUCACACAUCGGUUAUGCUGCCCUAAAGUGACCUGUAUCAGCCUGACGGAGGAGGCGUCUCUACAGCUCACACCUCUACAUGGACAGCAGAUCGGCCUGCGAUACCUGGACAUGACAGACUGUGUAUCACUGGAGGACAAAGGCUUGAGGACCAUUGCCUUUCAUUGUCCACGUCUCACACACCUCUACCUGCGACGUUGCAGCCACCUAACAGACGAGGCCCUGCGACAGCUAGCACUGCACUGCACCACUUUACGUGAGCUUAGCCUUAGUGACUGCCCUCUGAUUGGAGACUUUGGCUUACGUGAGGUCGCUCGCCUGGAGGGCCGCCUACGCUAUCUGAGUGUGGCUCACUGUAUGCGCAUAACAGAUGUUGGACUGCGUUAUGUAGCGCGCUACUGUCCACGGCUCCGCUACCUGAAUGCACGGGGAUGCGAGGGGUUGACGGACCAGGGUUUGAGCCACUUAGCUCGCAAUUGCCCCCGAUUGCGGUCUAUAGAUGUUGGCCGUUGCCCGCUGGUGUCAGACACCGGGUUGGAGGUGUUAGCACGCUGUUGUGAAGGGCUACGAAGGCUGAGUCUGAGAGGCUGCGAGAGUUUGACAGGAAGAGGGCUCAUGGCGCUAGCAGCGGGAUGUCCCAAGCUGCAGUUACUAAACGUACAGGAGUGUGAGGUGCCACCUGAGGCACUUCGAUUGGUCCGAAAGCACUGCAGACGCUGUGUAAUUGAACACACCAUACCUGCUUUGUACUGAGGGGACAGGUUGGGGACGCCAGAGGUGUCGACCUCUGAAAAACAGAUGUUUAUACUUUUUUGCAUUCCUAUGACUGCCUGAUGAGACGCAACAAGGUGGAUGUGUCUCAAAACCUAGUGCAGGGGUACUCAAUCCAUUUAGAGUAAUCCUGACUGAAAUUAGCUGGUUCAGUUGUGUUUAAUUUGGGCUUGGAGCUAAACUCUGCAAGACAGUUGCCUUCCAGGAGCAGGACUAGACGUUCUUUACCUAGUUAAUCAAUUCACGGUCUACUUCAGUGUUUCCCAACCCUGUUCCUGGAGGCACACCAACAGUAUACAUUUAGGAUGUCUCCCUUAUCUGUUUCAUACAUGUCAAGUCUAGGAGUCUCUACUAACAAGCUGAUGAGUUGAAUCAGAUGUGUUUAU